AUGGAUGAUCAUGCGUCUACUUUGAGGUGGAUGUGUGUCUUUCUCUCGAUGAGCGGCAUACUGUGUCAAGGGUAUGGCACAGGAAGUUCAGGUGGAUCAAAUCCGUUCAAGACCCGAGCUGAUUUUGAAGCCGAGAUGGGAGGGCCUGGAAUGAGUCCAGUUUUGCCCCCAGGGGAAGAUCAAUACUUCCCGCCGCCAGACAUCCCGAAACCAGACGAGAAGCUGGACGGAUCAUCCAAGUAAGGGUUAUCUAUUUUGUCAACUCUUAUUGUAGAUCGACGGAAGAAGAGGAGGAAGAAAAGCCAAAGAAACGGCCCGAUUGUCCCGUUGUUGGCUUCUCUGGGGAAUCUCAGCUCAACACUCCAGAUGUCAAAUUCAAGAUCAGGAACCUUGGAUCAGAUGCGAAGAUUCCUGGCUUCGGAAAUCUGGCCUACCCAGGUCGCGUUUUGGAGAAAAGCCGUAAGUUUUACAAAGCAAUAUCCUGACUUAAUCCAUUACUUUGAAGCGAAAUGGGAACCCGGGGAUGAAGUCAUUAGUUUUAAAGAAGAUCAGUUUGUCGAAGGGGGAUUCCACACCUCGUAUGCUUACAACCCGGAUUGCGAGCCUGUUGAAGGUUCUAAUGUUGUGUCUGCUCAUGCCAAGAAUACGGAUAUCGAGCCAGAACCAUACGAACCCGCUGUAGAAGCGGUUACCGAAGCCUCCACUUCGCCCGCUGAGACCGCUGCGCCUUAUGCAGAGACCCCAGCUCCAUUCAAACCAGCCGAGACACCCGCUCCCUAUGUGCCACCAGCUGAAACCCCGGCACCUUACGUUCCAGAACCGGAGACGGAGCUACCCUAUGUACCAGAACAGAAGACCGCAGCUCCAUACAUUCAUCCUGAAACUGAGUCCCCUUACGGACCACCGGAAGAGACUCCAGCUUCUUAUAUUCCCCCAGAAGAGACCCCACCUCCCUACGUGCCUCCACAGACGGAGGCUCCGUACAUUCCCCCUGCCCGGACUCCAGCCCCAUACGUACCAGCUGAAACGUCCGCACCGUAUGUGCCCCCAGAGACCCUUGCCCCUCCACCAGAAACUCCGAUUCCACCAGCCACGACUGCUGCUCCAUAUGUACCACUCCAAACACAAGCACCUUAUGUGCCUCCGGAAACACCCUCUCCUUCACAACGAACCCCAUCGCCAUAUGCUCCCGUCUCCUCCGGCGGUUCCUAUGGGAUCGAGAACGAAGUUGACAUCCCUGACGAGACCACCCUGGCACCUGCCCCAACUUCGACCUCUGCGCCAGCCAAUAAUGGCAAAACCGACACUGGAGACAACUAUGGCCAGUCGGUGAAGCCGUCGGAUCUUAUUGAUGUAAGUGGUAGCCAUGACCCUUAAAUUAUUUUUUAAAGGAAAAUGAGGACGGAGUUGAGUAUGUUGAUGAAUUGACACCGCCCCCACCUCCUCCUCCCCCAGCCCCCCGGUCACAACCUAUUCCUGUUCCCAGAGCUCUUCCAAGCCCAUCUUCUUCGUCGUCCUCGUAUGUUGCACCUCCCUCUCCGAUUCAAGUCCCGGCCGCUUAUCGGCCAUCGUUGCCAUCGUAUGUGCAACCGCACCCGCCAGUUUCUUUCCCACAGCCUAUUGGAGGACAACCCUUUGGCAGUUUCCAGCAGCCAUUCAGUCCCGUUUCUUAUCCUCAACCUCCACUCCAGCCAGCCGGAUGCUGCGGAGGCAGUUGGUUUAGCAGUCAAGGAUCUUUGUGCGCUCCCGUCAAUUAUAAUUCAUGCGCUCCAGCACCGGUGCAACCGUCUUGUCAGCCAGGAUGCCAAUCAACACUAUCAUGCUGUAAGUAUUGAUUUUUUUAUUUUGAAUGGCGUUGAUAUCCAAUUACACCAUUAUAGCCCCUGGAUGCGCCCCUAUACCACAGCCAGCUUGUUCAUCGCCCUGUUCCAGCCCAUGCCCACCUCCUUGCCCCCCUCCAUGCAUCCCUCCACCCACAAAUAA